UAGACCUUUUCAAACGCAGUCCAGGGAACGACAGUAUCUCCUCUGUCCUGGCAGCUGGACUUCAGAUGCAAGGAAGACAGCACUGCCCCAAUGUCGUUGAACCGAAUGUCCAAGUUACAUUGAAAAUACAAGUUUCGAGUGGGAAAUUAUCUCACGCCUCGAAUACAUAUCACAAUACAACGUCCAAUAGGAAAAAUUCAGCGGAAAACCAUUCAUGACACUGAAGUACAAAAGCCGUAAAACCUGGAUUUCCCCGAUCCGACUUCCCCGACAAGCGAGUCCUCAAAUCCCGUGUCUCCCCAAAAUUCUAAUCGUCAUGGCCGGCCAUACGGAACGCCGAUCGAACCGGGGGUCGUCGAACGGCGGUACAGCAGGAAAGAAAAUCCCUCCACUGGAAAGCUUGCUGCGGACCAGCCCGGAACCCGGAAGGGGGAGGGAGGGAAGAGCUUCGAACUCUUUGAGAGCUACCUCGCCAUCCCUCGGCCGGCCCAUCGCAGCCAAGCCCCCGCCGUUGCAUUUGAAGUGCCUUUCUGUAGUAUCUACAACGGAUACCACAGUAGCUAAUUUGAGUGCGGAGUUUCCUUCUUCCCCCCUCUUGCUAUACCUAGAGUAUCACUGUAUUCGUACAUCGCCCCAGUCUUGCUCACCAUUCCAUUCCAUUCUCUCCUCGUCUCCCGGUCCUUCAGGUUGUAUCAGUAUCCAUAGUAGCCCAUUCUUUGCAAGCCUCCCAGCCAUCUCACCUCGCAGUGGAUCAGACCCUGGCACCGACAAGCAACAAGUACACACCGACCAUAUUCCGGACUUUGACGAAAUACACCGAGGCUUCUCUGGAGAGGGGGUAGACACACAUACAGCACCACCUGCAUACUUAGGCCCGAAUGCGAGCCUGUUAGUGAUGCCCCUUGAACGGGAUAAAGAUUGACACAGAUUGGCAUCUCCAUGAUCAACACGUCAACAACCGAAGGACGCCCGUUGGAGCGGCUGUAGCCGACGGGGAUCAGCUCUCAAACUAACAGAACAACAAGCUGCUGGAACAUUGUUUCGUUGUCAAACUUGUCACCGCCAGAUGUACCUCUCCUUUCCAUCACCGUUUUGUUGCUAAAGCCCUACUUUUCUUUUC